AUGUCUCCACGAAAAAUGGUUCAGCAAAAACUCACUGACAUACUCUCCGCUUCAAAAAAACAAUCUGAGGGUGUAAGACAAUCCAAGAAGAACCUCAAGACAGCUGAGUGGGAUGCCGCGAAGGAGGAGGUCACAGUUGAUAAAGUUGAUAAUGAGCUUCGUGAAUCGGCAGUCAAGUCUAAUGAGUCAAAGGAACUCGAAUUUACAAAUCAACUUACGACACUCGAGAUAGAAGAAGUCCCUCCGGAAGAACUCUCGGUCGAGGAAAUUCUUCAAAAAUUUGAUCUGGAUUAUAAGUAUGGUCCAUGCAUCGGAAUCAGGAGGUUAGAUCGUUGGGAAAGGGCUCAACGACUUGGAUUGAAUCCACCGGUUGUGAUCAAAGAAUUGCUAACAAAACAUCCAUCACUCGAUAAAAACAUUUUUCAUGGGGAUGCAUAA